GACGGAGACGCGCAGCGUGUCUCCCUCCUCAGCAGGGAGAGAAGAAUGGGAGAGGGACCGAAAUUGUGUGUGUAGACGAGGCGACGACGGGUGAAAACAUGAGGAUAACGGGCUGUUUUUAACUAGAUAUAUCUUCUAAAAUCAUAAUUAAACCCAUCAUAUCAGGAGUCUCCUCAUUCCUCCCCCCGAGGGCAGGGAUAUCUGCUCUCCCAUUGGAGAACACAGGAAAGGAGCCUCUUUGUGAAUCCCGUCUGACUAGGAGAACAGCCCUGUCGUGGAGUGGAGUGGCGGUUUGGGUCUGAACUUUAACCCCAGUAGGAAGGAGAGAAAGCCACUUCAGAGAUGGAUCAGGUUUCGGACGACGAGUUGGACCAUGGGGCCGAGGAGGACAGCGAUAAGGAGGACCAGGACCUGGACAAAAUGUUUGGAGCCUGGCUUGGAGAGCUGGACAAGCUUACACAGAGUCUGGAUGACGGCAGGCCUCAGAAGCCUCUGCAGAAGGCUCCUCUCAGGCAGGAGACAAACAUGGCAAACUUCUCCUACCGCUUCUCCAUGUAUAACAUAAACGAGGCGUUGAACCAGGGCGACACAGUGGACCUGGACGCCCUGAUGGCCGACCUGUGCUCCAUCGAACAGGAGCUCAACACCAUUUCCAAACCAAACUCUGCGUCUCGCGGGCAGACCAAAGGCCAGCCUCGAGCCCCCGGAGGGCGGAGUGCCAGCACCAAGCACACGGGCACCAGCGGAGGGGGGAGCAGCGGAGGAAGCACCAGUAGCAGCACCCGUGCGUCGCCGGCCAACACGGUGCGGGGGGGCAGCGUCAACGCCCGCCCCGCCGCCUCCAACAUCUCCCUGGACGACAUCACCUCUCAGCUGGAGAAGGCUUCGCUCAGCAUGGACGAAGCUGCUCGCCAGACCUCUUCUUCCUCCUCCUCCUCCUCUUCUUCUUUCUCCUCCACCACGCUGCGGCGGCCCUCGUCGGGCUCGUCCGGCGGAGGAGGCGGCGGCGGGGGGCAGCACAGGAGGACGGGCUCAGUGGGCGCGGUCAGCGAACAGGAAGCCCCCUCCCAGAGGUCCAGUGUAAACUCAGCAUGCGCCUCGGCCUCCAGCAUGGACUCUCUGGACAUCGAUAAAGUGAUGGCAGGCGGAGAGGCGGAGGGCCCUGUCCCACAGGGGCCAAACCAGAGCAGCACAGAUCACUCCUAUCUGGACCGAGAAACCUCACUCAUUCUGAAAAGCAUAGCAGGAAAGCCUUCUCACCUCCUGACCAAGGAGGAACAAGCUGCCAAACUGAAGGCAGAGAAGAUCCGAGUCGCCCUGGAGAAAAUCAAGGAGGCACAGGUCAAAAAGCUGGUGAUCAGGGUCCACAUGUCGGACGAGAGCUCUAAGACCAUGAUGGUGGACGAGAGGCAGACAGUCAGGCAGGUGCUGGACAGCCUGCUGGAUAAAUCCCACUGUGGAUACAGCCCUGACUGGGCUCUGGUGGAAACCAUCAACGAGCUGCAGAUGGAGCGCAUUUUCGAGGAUCACGAGAACCUGGUGGAGAAUCUUUUGAACUGGACCCGGGACAGCCACAACAAGCUGAUGUUCAUUGAGCGCAUCGAGAAAUACGCUCUCUUCAAGAACCCCCAGAACUACUUGCUGGGGCGGAAGGAGACAUCAGAAAUGGCUGACAGGAAUAAAGAGGCGUUAUUAGAGGAGUGUUUCUGCGGCGGCUCGGUGUCCGUGCCGGAGAUCGAGGGCAUCCUGUGGCUGAAGGAGGACGGCAAGAAGUCGUGGAAGAAACGUUACUUCCUCCUCAGAGCUUCGGGCAUCUACUACGUCCCCAAAGGCAAAGCCAAGGCGUCCAGAGAUCUGGUGUGCUUCCUGCAGCUGGACCAUGUGAACGUGUAUUACGGCCAGGACUACCGCAGCAAAUACAAAGCGCCGACUGACUACUGCCUGGCCCUGAAGCAUCCACAAAUCCAGAAGAAGUCCCAGUACAUCAAGUAUCUGUGCUGCGAUGACGUCAGGACCCUGCACCAGUGGGUGAAUGGGAUUCGCAUUGCCAAGUAUGGCAAGCAGCUAUACGUGAACUACCAGGAAGCCAUGAAGAGGACAGAGGCGGCCUACGAUUGGUCCUCUCUCUCGACCGCCAGCAUCCGAUCAGGCUCCAGCUCCGCCAGCAUACCUGAGUCCCAGUCUAAUCACUCAGGCCACUCGGACAGUGGCGUGGACACGGGCUCGUCUCACGGCCGCUCCCAGAGUGUGGUGAGCUCCAUCUUCUCUGAAGCCUGGAAGAGAGGUACCCAGAUCGAGGAAAGCUCCAGGGCAUCCAGAGGGGCCACCCUGCCGCACGCUUCCCACGCUCACCGACACCACAGCCAGCACUCGGCUGAUAUCCCCGCCCUGACGCCCUCCCCCCAACCUCAGCUGCAGCAACAGCAUCAGCAGCCUCCACAGCAGCAGCAGCAGCAGCAGCAGCAGCCUCCACAGCAGCAGCAGCAGCAACAGCCUCCACAGCAGCAGCAACAACAACAACCACCACAACAACAACAGUUUCCACCACAGCAACAACAACUUCCUCCCCAGCAACAACCACAGUUUCCACCACAGCAACAACCACAGUUUCAGCAACAACAUCCACCACAGCCUCCACCACAGCAACAACUUCCUCCACAGCAACAGCAUCAACAACAUGAACAACAACAACAACCACAGUUUCAGAAACCACCACAGUUUCAACAACAACCACAGUUUCAGCAACAACAACCACAGUUUCAGCAACAACAACCACAGUUUCAGCAACAACAACCACAGUUUCAACAACAACCACAGUUUCAACAACAACCACAGUUUCAACAACAACCACAGUUUCAGCAUCAGCCUCCACCACAGCAACAUCAACUUCCUCCACAGCAACAGCAUCAUCAUCAACAACCACCACAGUUUCAGCAACAACCACAGUUUCAGCCUCCUCCACAGCACCUUCCACAGUAUCAGCACCCAUCAAUGCACCCCCACACCCCUCCCCAGCACCAGCCCCCUCCCCCCCAACAGCACCCUCCCCUCCAACAGGCCCCCCCUCCCCAGUACACUCAGCGUCCUCCGCCCUCCCCUCAGUCUCCACAGCAGCAGCCCAUCAGCAGCUACAACAACCACAUGCCCCCCCAGCAGGUGGCUCCUCCCCCCCAGCAGGUGGCUCCUCCCCCCCAGCAGGUGGCUCCUCCCCCCCCACCUCCGCCUCCCCCUCCUCCCCUUCCCCCAGUACACAUCGUGUCGAACCACUCCCCCGCGCUCACCAUGUACAAGUUUAGCACCAUCACCAGGCUGCAGAACCAGAAGGGGAACCAGCCUCUCAAUCAGAGGCUUCCGGGGCACCUCCAUGCUAUUGGUCAUCAGGUUCUGCCCGUUGGCCCGAUGCCGGUCAAACCAAACCCCAAUCACAUCGCAGCACGGACUAAUGUCCCGCCCCCCCCCUCCGCCCCCCCCCCUCCCCCGCCUCCUUCCAUGCCGGCCCCAGGUUCAGCCAUGGCCGUGUUGAGGCUGGGCCCCCCGAGCCCUGCUGCCCACCCCUCCUUCAUCCCUCCCCCCCCAGCACUUCCACCUGCUCCACAGACCAACGGCCUAGCCUUCCCUCCCCCUCCGGCUCCCAUCAGCCACCCUGUCUACAGCACCGGGUUGAAGCAGGCGCUGAAGGAGAGGUUUCCCAGCCCGCCGCGGGACCUCCCCUCUCCAAAUGGACUCGAGGAGUCCCCCCCGCCUGCCCCUGCUCCGACACCCCAGCAGUUCCCAGUGCCGGCCUACUUCCCACCUCCUCCUGCACCCAAAACCUUCACCCCAGGGUUUGUCCCUCAUGCUACCCCCAAACCUGUCUCACCUGUCUUCCCUUUCCCUCCUGCCCCACCUCCUGCCAGCCUGGGUGGCCCCACCCCCCCGCCACCUCCCCCUCCUCCCCCACCUGCACCCUUCAAGAAGCAGUUCAGCCUCCAAAACUCCGGCCCUCCACCUCCGACUUUCCCCAAGCAGCACAGCCUGUCUAAACAAACAGGGGCUCCUGCUCUCUCUCUGGUGAAGCAGCUGGCCAGUCAGUUUCCGGGAGCUUCCUCCCCAGCAGCCAAUCACACGGAGAGCCCCAAAGCCCCCCUCUCCCCCCCUGCAGUCAAAACCAAACCAAGAUGGCAGCCAGGAGGCAGCCAGCAGCUUCAGUCUCCAGAGUUCCCUCCUCCUCCUCCGGACGGCAGCGCUGGCUUCCCUCCAGGCCCCCCUCCUGCUCCUCCUGCUCCUCCUGCUCCUCCUCCUGCUCCUCCUCCUCCUCCAGCCCCUGUCACAGGCCCCACUCCACCACCUCCUCCCCUCCCUCCUGGAAACAUGGGCUCCCCGUUGAAGAGUACACCCUUUGGGUCCUCCAACUUCGGAGGAAAGAAGCCCCCUCCCGCCCCGCAGAGAAACCCCAGCGCCACCCCCUACGAGGAGUCCAGGAGGAACCUGCUCAGCAAGUUUGCUCCCCAGAACACUGGCCCUCCUUCCUCCCCCUGCCCCGCCUCCCCCUCCAAGGACCCUUCAUCUGGACCACCUGCUCCGCCGAAACCAGGCAAGCUCAACAUGGCCAACCUGCCCUUGGGGCUGCAGUCCAAAGUGAACCAGGUGAAGCAAACGGGCGGGGACUACCCAACCCCCCCGCCUGCCUGCGCCUACUUCCCUCCUCCUCCUCCGCCCUCUGAUCUCUUCCCCCCCCCUCCUCCUCCUCCCCCUCCUCCUCCUCCUCCACCCGGUAGUGACUCCCACAGCGGAGCCCCUCCUCGAGUUGCCGUGGUGAACCCCCAGCCCCAGGCCCCGCCUCCUCCUCCGCCUGUGCCUCUUUUCAGCAACUCCACAUGGGGAAAAAGCUCACUGAAAAAGACUCCUCCACCGACACUUGCCCGGCGCAGCAACACGACCCCGGAGCCCCCCAGCCUCUCCUCACCCCCACCCACCUCCCCAAAGGGCGGCUCAGGCCAGCCCAACUUCAUGGACGACCUCCACCGGACGCUGAAGCGAAAGUCGGUGGGACGCCAGGGCUCUCUGAGCUCGGCCGGCCUGAUGGGGAAGGCGGAGCCCGUGGGGACGAUGGACGACAUGGCGCUGCCCCCCCCGCCCCCCGAGCUGCUCCUAGACCAAGGCAAGCAGAGCAACGGAGGAAACGGGGGCUACAUGUCCGGAAACAUCUCAGGCUAUGCAACGCUACGACGAGGACCCCCACCUGCGCCACCGAAACGGGGGGACAUGACCAAACUUACUUGAGAGAGUUGGACUUGGAGAUCAGGACAAUAAAGAGAUGGAUGAAUAGACAAUGAGAGAUGAAUAUGGAAGUGAACAUUCAUCAGGAGCAAGGCUCUUGGAUCACGAUGAUAAAUUGAUGACUGUAAAUACUGAAACCCAAACCAGACCAUGGUCCAUUAGUGUUUAUGUUUGGCAAUAUGGAUGGGUGGGGUUUACAUGUAAAACUAGAGCAGGCAAGUUUGACAUCGCUGAAAACUAACUGUUAUUUUUCUGCGAUUAGUCUAAACUCUCUGGAAGACAUUGUUUGGGAAACCCCGCCUAUCUUGUACCCCAAGCAGAUUUAAACACUAAUAAGAAUUGUGCAAAUAUUACUGGAACCAGGUCUGAGCCAAACCAUGUUAUCCGCUUCUUUGCCAUACGGUUGUGCCGCGUAAAAUAAAAUAAAAACCCACAUCAGGAUGUUUCUGCUCGGUACUGCAUGGACUUCAUGUGAGAACAAGCGGUAAAAAAACACGAGGCUGUUCUGGUGUGUGUGCAUGAGUGAGAGCGAGAAACUGGACACGCAUACAUGCAUCGUGUGCAUGCACGGUGUACGGCGGGGAAGUAGUUAGUGGCGGCCUCGUGGAGCAGGGACGGUCUGCUUUUAUAUAAAAUUAUUUAAUGAUCGAUAAAUGGAAGGAUUUUUUUUUAAUAUAAGUCUGUCUGGUCAGCAAAGUCUAGAGAGAAACAAAGGAAUGUAUAUGGGAAGGUGUGUGUAAACAUAAGGUCAACAAGGCAGUAAUACAAAUACAUUUCUAGACUGUGUUCAGAAGGAGCCUUAUCCCCAAAGUCUUGCACAGAGGUCAAAGCAGAAAGGAGAUUUCUUCCAAAGGUUCAGCAGAGUCUGGACUGUGCAACCGGAAAGAAAAAAUAAACUGCUUUUUUUUUAUUUAACAAAGGAGGUGGGAGGGGGGCUGUGGUGGUGUAUCUUCGUCGACCGUGUCCCGUGCGUUGGCUUGAUUUCGGACGGUAUCCUUCAGUUUCUGUACAGUUGCAGCUGCUACUCCGUUAGUCUCCGCCCUCUUCUACAGGCAACAGGAAGUAGAAUGUACAGGUUGGAUUCAGACCAUUCAGACAUGUGAAGUAUACUCCACACACCCAGUUGAAAAAAUAUAUAUUUGUCUGGUUAAUGUACAGAGCGUUAAAUCAUGAUAACAGAAAUCAUCUGAGCGGCAUAGCACUGAAUGUCGCUCUGUGUCGUGUCUUCAUGGUGCCGGUGGUGCGCGGGGACUAAAGGCCUACAGAGUGGAUAUUAAAGGGUUUACAUUUCUUGCAACAAUGCCUUUACUUUCAGGGUGCUAGUGCUGUGUUUCAAGGAACUCAUCAUCAACACGUCCCUGUGUGCCAGCAUGACAUAUCAUUAAUAUUUCAGACUGUUUAAACUGGUUUUGAAUUGGCUCUAGUGUGGAAAUGUGUGCUUGGAGUGAUUUCCACACGAGGCCCUUUUUAUCAUGCUAUUAUUUUGUCCUGCAAAUCAUUUAUUAUAACUGCGUAUCAUUGUCUUUUAAGCAGGAUGUGUGCUACAGUACAGUAUGUAAGUUAUUGAUGUACUGUUGAUGUGGGGCCAAGUGAAAUGAAGAAAAACGGUUGCAGAUGUGAUCGUCUUGCAUAUAAACUGAAAAUCACAAUAUAAAUGUUCAAACCAGACCUCAA